CCCGGCUUUCCGUCCGCAGGACGUCAUUGGUUGCGCCCCGCGCAGCUGACAGGCUGUGGCUGGCGAGGGCGUUUUGAGGAUGGCGGCGUCCGCGGUGCUGAUCUUGCCCAACAGCCCCAGCAUGAAAAAAGCAGUGUUGCUGAUAAACGCGCUAGAUACAGGAAGAUUUCCAAGGUUGCUUACCCGAAUUCUUCAAAAACUUCACCUGAAGGCUGAGAGCAGUUUCAAUGAAGAUGAAGAGGAAAAACUUCAAGCUGCAUUUUCACUAGAGAAGCAAGAGCUUCACCUAGUUCUUGAAACAAUAUCAUUUAUUUUAGAACAGGCAGUGUAUCACAAUGUGAAGCCAGCAGCUUUGCAGCAGCAAUUAGAGAAUAUUCAUCUUGAGCAAGACAAAGCAGAAGCGUUUGUCAAUGUUUGGUCUUCAAUGGGUCAAGAGACAGUUGAAAAAUUCAGGCAGAGGGUUCUGGCUCCCCACAAGCUGGAGACAGUUGGAUGGCAGCUUAACCUUCAAAUGGCUCACUCUGCUCAAGCAAAACUAAAAUCUCCUCAAGUCGUGUUACAACUAGGAGUGAACAGUGAAGAUUCAAAGAACGUUGAGAAAGUUCUUGUGGAAUUCAGUCACAAAGAGUUGUUUGACUUCUAUGACAAGCUAGAGACCAUACAAGCACAGCUGGAUUCCCUCACAUGAUGUUUUUGAAGACCACUUUGUCCAUCACAUCCUGCCACCCAUUAUUUACUAUUGAAGAGACAUUGCCUGGCUGUGUUUUCUAGAAGAUUCAGUGGCUUGCUUUCUGUGAAUUAUAUGAGGUAUCAUUUCUUAGAUUAAUAAUAUCCAAGGGAAAUCAAUAUUAAGAGUACUGAGAUUCCAAUAAACAGUGCUUUUUCUAUUUCUGUGAGCCAGUAGCAAUUGUUAGGAACACGGUUGUUUUACAGAAAUCAAAAGUGAAUAGUAUAUUGUUUUUACUGUCAUCUUUAUUGCCUCACCUGUUUGUUUGUUUAUAUGCUUGAUAAUCCCUGUAUCAAGGAGGGUCCAUGUACAAAAGUUACAAUAUGUACCCUAGCAGAACACAGAACUUCAGUAUUUACGUUAAUAAAAUUAAGAAAACAGCUACGCGCAGUUAAUUAUAUUAUGGCAUUUUUUCCUAUGAUGAGUAUACUUUGAUUGAGAAAUAAUAUAGGAAAGAAAUUUAAAGUAGAACUAGUAGUAUUAUAUCUGUUCUAAUGUCAGCUUUCUCUUUGCAUUAAUUUUUAUGAGUUUAAUGAUUUAAAAAUAAUUCAGAUUUUUAUGCUUUUCUUUGUAAUGAAAAUUAAUGAUGUCUUCAUAGUGUGAGACACAGAUGCAGAUCAUGAAUAAAAAUAAUUGUAAUAGUAGUAAAUGGGCAUCUUUAAAAUUCCAGAUCAGAUACCUUUUAUAGUCUCUUCCCUGAAUAUAUUAAUCGAUUUCAGUCAAUAAAAUUUUUAGAAUUUUAGAAUUA